UUGUUGCGUAAUAUGAAGGCGACAUGUAAAGCUCAAGAAGAAUAUCCCUUACAUUGGGCAGUUUUCUUGGAUGACUUAGAGUUAUUGAAGGAUGAGAUAAAAACAAUCAAAAAAGAUGAUAUUGACGCUCUUGAUAAUAGAGGAAGAACGCCGUUAAUGCUCGCAGUGACCCUGGGUCACAAGGAAUGUGCGUUUGAAUUGCUGCAUAAUGGAGCUGAUCCAGAUGUUCAGGACAGAGAAAUGUGGUCCGUAAGUCAUGAAGUAGUUUCAUUAAAAGAUCAUCAGUUGCUAAGCGAUGUUUUAAAGCAUCGAGACUUCUUACGCAGUCAAAAUUCUAUAAGAACAAUGAAAGAACAUCUGCUGGCGCUGAAGGAAACUCCUGAUUUUUACUGCGAAAUGAAUUGGGAAUUCUCGAGCUGGCUACCAUUUGUGAGCAAGAUGUGCCCAUAUGAUACUUACAAGAUUUAUAAACAAGGAUCAAAUGUCAGAAUCGAUACUACUUUAGUGGGUUUUGAAGGAACUGCCUGGCAAAGAGGCAAUCACUCAUAUAUCUUCCGGUUAAAUAAGACUGCUGUACCAGAAUUUAUUAUCCUAGACCAUGACGCUAGGACGUCUUCGAGCCAAACGUUGAAUGACAAUGAGAAAUUGGAACAAUUUACUCCAUCAGUUGAAUCUGUGGAAAAUAGAACUCAUGCGCCUAUUUCGACUUCCUACGUAGACGUUGAGAAGAUAGGAUUCGAAAGAUCAAAAUCUGGUGGACUCUUAUCGUGGAUAAACAGUUCCGAUAAAUGGGAGAAAGUAGAUGGUUAUGAUUGCAAGCUGUUCGAUGCCUCCAAUGUGACUUUGGUGACAAAGACACGAACAGAACAUCUCUCAGAGGAGGACAAAGUGCGUUUGAAGCAGGAAGAAACAUCGAAUGCUCUAAGUACAGUCUUAUCACUCGUUCGUUCUGAUUGUGCUGAUGAAUGUAAGACAGUAGAUGUUCAUGAAGCAGGACUAACAGCAACAGAAUACUUGGAUCCAGAGUUCCCAUUGCCAGAAAGUAUUGGACGCAAGAAAGAAGUGACAAGAAAAUCAAAUAGUUUCAAGGCUACAUUAUGGCUAGCUGAGGAACAUCCUCUGGACUUGCAGGAUCAAGUUGUGCGAAUAGUAGAUUUAAUGGCUGCCAAUAAUGCACAUUUUGCGAGAUUAAACAAUUUUAUUCGUAUGCAGCUACCAUCUGGGUUUCCGGUUAAAAUAGAAAUCCCGGUAUUCCAUGUUUUGAGUGCUCGUAUAACGUUUAGCAAAGUCAAUGAACCCGGAACGUAUGUCGUACCCGUGGAGAGCGAGACUGAAAAAGUGAAAUCGGUCGUUAUAGAAAACGAAAUUUUCGAAAUUCCUGUAACAUAUAAUGCUAUCGAUGCCAAUGAUUCCAUAAUAUCAUGGCCCACGGAGGAAGUAGCUGAUGACCACAACCGCCAUUCUAUGUAUCGAUCCAUUCAGCAACAAGAGGAUAUGCUUCUACAAUUGGCCAUUCAGCAAUCAUUGGGUCAGACUAAUGUAACAAUGACUGAUUACGGAAUUCCUUUAAAUCCUGCAGCACCUAUUACUGAUCAGUUGGUUGGAUGGGAUUCGGAAGAAGCGCAGUUGGCACGCGCGAUUGAAGAGAGUUUACAGAUUUCUAAUAAUAUCCCUCAACCAGAAGUACCAUUAAUCAUGCCGAUUGAAGAGGAAGACGACAUCUCUAAGGCCAUCCGUUUGUCUCGUGAAGAUGAACAGAGACGAACAGAAGAGCAGAAUGAAUUGGAUGAAGAAAUGAAAAGAAUUCUUGAACUCUCUCAAAUUGAGAAAUAA